GAGAAGCGGUUUUUCGCGCGAAUUGGAAAUUCGCUUCGCACUUCGCACCGCGCUCACUGUGAAUUCGACCUUACUUUGGCUGCGAUGAACUUCGUGAGUGACCCGACCACGCGACAAAAACGUAAACAAUCUGUCAUAUGAAGUCGAUACACAAAUUUAUCGAGUUUUACCGGCAAAUUUAAAGUUUGAUUUUACUGAAAUAAAAGCAUUUUAAGCAUACCAUUUUGCUUGGAAGAGUUUGACAGAAGUGAUUUACAAUGUUAACUAAUCGAGUGUUUAUGAAAAAGACCAGGAAAGGUGGAAUCAUAAAAGUUGUUCGAGAGCACUAUCUCCGAGAUGACGUUGCCUGCGGAAUUGGCUCUUGUGGGCUGUGCUCCCUGCCAUCAACCCGAACCAGUUUAGACCCCAAACCGGAGCAACUGAACGAGAGCUUCCCCUUGCCUCACUAUCUGAUGCUGGAUACCAAUGUGAUUCUCUACCAAAUCGAUUUUCUCGAGUCCGAGGCCGUCCGAAAUGUGAUUGUGCUCAGUACUGUCCUGGAUGAGGUCAAGCAUCGGAGUCCGAAAAUUUUCAAACGCCUACGAAAGGUGAUUGCCGAUCCGGGAAGAAAGUUCUAUACUUUUGUGAACGAACACCACAAAGACACGUACCUUAGUAAAGGAAUCGGGGAAUCGGCCAACGAUCGUAACGACCGGAUGAUCCGUCAGGCGGCCCUCUGGUACGGUAAACACAUCAAGGAAGACAAUCCGAAGAGUAAACUUCAGGUGAUCAUUUUGACGGACGAUGCUGAAAACCGGACGAAAGCAAGCGCACUUGGACUGGCCGUUUCUUCUGUUGCGAAUUAUGUUGGAUCGAUGAAAAAUCAUCCGGAGUUAAAAGAUAAAGUUUUUAACACGGAAAAGUGGCAGGAUGAUUCGAAGAUUAUUUUUCCAUCCCAUAUGACGGCUGCCCAAAUUCACGAUGGAAUUAAAAAGGGGGAAUUGCACCAAGGUAGUUUCUUCGCCUCACGGGAUAAUUUUCUGGAAGGAAACGUUCGAUCGGAAGCUUAUGAGGAACCUAUUUUAAUUCAGGGCCGGUUGAAUUUGAAUCGGGCUGUGGAUGGAGACGUCGUUGCAAUUCGAAUGUUUCCCAAAAGCGAAUGGAAAUGUCCAAGCAAGAUUGUGCUGGUGGAUGAACAAAAUGUUGAUGACGAAACCGCAGAAGUUGCAGACCCCGAAUUUGAAAAUGAUCCAAAAGAUGAUGCUGUUCCUACUGCUGCCAUUGUAGGAAUAAUCAAACGAAAAUGGCGUCAAUACUGUGGAAUAUUAGCCGCUAAUCCAUUGGCUGGUUCGACCAGGCAUCUGUUUGUACCAUCGGAUAGAAACAUUCCUCGGAUUCGCAUUGAAACGCGUCAAUCAGCUCAUCUGAUUACUCAACGCAUCGUUGUGGCCAUCGAUUACUGGCCUAGACACUCUAAGUAUCCGAUAGGUCAUUUUGUGCGGGCAUUGGGAAAUAUUGGCGAGAAAGAUGCAGAAAAUGAAGUUAUUCUUCUUGAACACGACAUACCGCAUGGUAGUUGGUCAGCGGAAAUAAAGAGUCAGCUACCCGUAUUGCCCUGGCAUGUUGAACCGGAAGAGUACAAGAAGCGUGUAGAUUUGAGGGACAUAACCAUUUGUUCCGUUGAUCCGCCAGGUUGUACAGAUAUUGACGAUGCUUUGCAUGCACGCCGUUUGGAUAACGGAAACAUAGAAGUAGGAGUGCAUAUAGCAGAUGUAACACAUUUCAUCAAACCGGGAACGGCUUUGGACAAGGAAGCUGCUCUGAGAGCAACUACCGUGUAUUUGGUAGACAAACGUAUUGACAUGGUGCCGGACGUUCUUAGCUCAAAUCUUUGCUCCCUUCGUGGUGGAGAAGAGCGCUUGGCUUUCUCUUGUGUUUGGGAGCUUGAUGAUAAUGCCAAUAUCAUCCACACAAAGUUCCAUAAAUCGGUUAUCAAAUCCAAAGCAGCGUUAACUUAUCAAGAAGCACAGCUCAUCAUCGAUGAUGCAUCUCAAACUAAUCAAACAGCUCAGUCGCUUCGUUUGCUUAACAAGCUGGCUAAGCUUCUCAAGAAACGUCGUAUUGAUAAUGGUGCCUUAGUACUGGCCUCUCCGGAAAUUCGUUUCAACAUCGACAGCGAAACUCAUGAUCCCAUUGACGUUGUGGCCAAGAAAAUGCUUGACACUAACUCCAUGGUCGAAGAAUUCAUGUUACUGGCAAACGUUUCUGUAGCGGAAAAAAUAGAACACGAGUUCCCCGAGUGCGCGAUGCUUCGUCGACAUCCUUGUCCACCGGAUGCCAAUUUUGAACCCCUGAAAAAAGCGGCUUCCUAUCAAGGUUUUGAAAUUAUUACCGAUAGUGGAAAGCAAUUGGCUACCAGCUUAGACUUAGCCGUAAAACCCGACAAUCCUUAUUUCAACACUCUGCUCCGUAUUUUAACAACGCGCUGUAUGAUGCAAGCCGUUUACUUCAUCAGUGGAACAACCCAACGUCAAGAGUAUUUCCACUACGGGUUGGCAUCUCCGAUCUACACUCACUUCACCUCACCGAUCAGAAGAUAUGCCGAUAUCAUUGUUCACAGAUUGCUAGCAGCUUGCAUAGGUGCUGACAGUACCUAUCCGGCUCUUUUGGACAAAACAGCCAGCGCUCAGCUUUGUAACAACUUAAACUAUCGCAACCGGAUGGCACAGUAUUCCGGUCGGGCUUCCGUAGCCCUGCAUACUCACCUGUUCUUCCGCAAUCGAACAUCCGACGAGGAAGCUUACAUUCUGUUUGUAAAGAAAAAUGCUUUCCAAGUUAUUGUGCCUAAAUACGGUCUCGAAGGGACUAUCUACGUUUCGGGGCGUGGUGAGAAGGCUCGUUCUGGUCCAACGUUCACAUACAACGAGGAAACUCAAACGCAAUCCUGUGGCAAUGUCGAGUUUCAUGCCUUCGAUCCGGUCAUGGUACGGUUGAGUUUAGAUUCGACCAAUGUACAACAUCAGAAGCUUGUUUUCGAACUCGUUACCCCAUACAUCGAAGGAUUCAGCGUAAAGCCGUUGGCCGAGUUAGAUCAAGCUUCACCUACCAAACGCAAGAGUACGGAAGUCGAAGAGCAACAACCAUCAGCGGUAGAUACGGUGAAAAAGAGUAAAAAAGGAAAAAAAGCCAAGUAACUAAGAAACUGUUAUUAAGAUGUGCAUAAUAAAAUGCCAUAUGCAAAUUUACAAAAAAUUAAAACAAAAUGCAAAAUUUACUGUGAUGAC